AUGUGUUCCGUGCAGGUGACGAGGGACCAGACCUGUUCGAACCUGAGCGAUAUCACCUUAACAUUGUCCAAUGGUGUAGUUGAUGCCGUACCAGGUGUGGGCCACGUAAAAGGAGUUCUCCAUUAUGCUGUGGGAGAUGUAGAUGGUGGAAAUAAGGCCAUGUAUCAAGCUACUCGAUCGUCCCUUGUUCUGGCUGGCGGUGCAGUAGGAGCUAUUGGUGGACCCGCGGGUGCCCUUGCUGGUGCUUCUGGUGCUGGUUUGCUUACCGAUACCAUAUGUUCCGUUGCUACUAAACAACCUCAAGGAGUCGUCGAAGGGCUUAGCGAUGUUGCUUCAGAUUUUCUAAAUGGAAAUUUACCUGUUAAAUCAGUUAUAAAAACUGGACUUUUGGCAGGUUCGGAUUGGCAUGUGGAC